AUGUCCGCAGCCUCCGCCGCCCCUUCGCCGUUGCACUUCGCCUUUGACCAGUUUGUGGACAUGUCUUACACGUCCCAGCUCGGUGCAAGUCUGGGUCAAACGAACGGUGCUGUAUCGACAGAGUCUCUCAAUGGCAGCCCGGCUGCCUUUCUCGGCAACUCGAUAACGGGGCAGGAGGGUGCUCAGGGUGCCGCCAGUGUUAAUAUGGGCUCGGAGGUCUUCAGUGACGUCGCAAUGUCUCAAGACCUAUGGCAGGGCUGGCAGCCGGAAAUGGAAGUUCAACAGCAACAGCAGCACCACCAACAACAACCAUCACAACAACACCAGCAACAGGGACAGCACCACGCACAACAACACCAGCAGCAGCAUUACACUCCCUCAAUGUCUGCGAAUGACCUCGACCUACAAUCCCUAUACAGCCCACAGCUACAGCAAACCCAAUAUGCAGGAACGAAUUCGAACUCGCCAGCAAACGUAUAUGCAAAUCAUGCUGCCGCAGGUGGCGGAACGAACUCAUAUGAUGCGGAAGUGAAUGCUAUGCUGACAGGGAACGAGCAGGAUCUGCAGAAGAGCAGGCAUCAAAGUCAAAAUGGGCAUUAUCAGCAACAAUACGAUACAUGGAAUUCGCCGUUCUUCACGGCGUUGGAUAUGGGAAGCAUUGAGCAGACUCCUGCUACGGGGUUGGGGUUGCAGCCGAUGGAUGAGUUGGAGCUUCUUCUGACGCCGCUAGUAUCACCAGCCAUGACGCCGAGUGCAGACUUCCAGCGGAUGAACCUAAAUCAACACAGUAACGACAUAUUCAGUCCUCUGACGUCCCCUGUCAUUCAGCCCCAGAUGCUGUCUGAGUACGCCUCAGCGAGUGCUUUCUCACCAGCGCUUGAACCGUCGAUGCACAAUCUCGCCCAGCACAACCAAUAUCACUUACAGCAGAACAUUCACCCCGCUUCAAUCCCGCCAAACACACCAAACACAACCCACAUACCCGACUACUACCAGCAGGUCCCCCAACCCUUCCUCAAUUCCCCCGCUCUGGUCCCAUCGGCGCCGCCACAUACCGCUAUGCUUGGCGUCUCUCCAGCUCUAGCGCCUUCGGAUGUAUGGGCUGAACAGCCGCAAGCAACAGGGGGUAGCGGUUUAAGAACACCCUUGAUGCAGCCAUCGAACGAUCCCAACACAUUCAGCAACGCGCCUACAGUCCCAUCAAUGCGGGAUAAGACAGCGUUGAAGAAACAGGCCCUCUCGGCACCAUACAUAGUCCCACGACGAAACUCCGGGAAAUUGAUCUCCCCCGCCCUCAAACCAUCCCAACUGCAACGCAUCCGAAGCAGCAAAUCACCCGAUUUACUAGUCACCGCCGCCACAACGCGGUCGUCUCCGGCCACGCUCCGCUCAUCCUCUUCUCCAACUAACCGACUGUCCCCCAACGCAUUGCAGCUCGCACCUCCCACCGGCGCACCGUCACAUCAGCAAACAACGCACGCACCGGUGUUCAAAGAACCCUACCCCAUCCCACCCCGCCGCACCUCCCAACACAACGAAGCCGCAGCAGCAACCCUCGCCUCCCCCGCCCUCACACCACAACUCGUCCCCUCCGCAGACGAAUCGAUGACCCCCGAUUUCGCAGGCGUGUCUACCACCCAUGUGCAGUUUGAGACGCGGAUUAAUGAGCAGCAGCAGCAAAGGAGUCUGGCGCCGAUUACGCCGGCCCAGUUGAUGAGGAUGACGGCGGAUCCGGUGGAUGAAGGGGGGAAUAAUAAGAUGCCGGUGUCGGGGGCGCAUAAGGUGGAUAAGGUGCCUGCGCCGGUAGGGGUGGGGUUGAAGCCGUUGCUUCCUAAUGGCAACACAACAACAACAGAAGCCGUCCAACGCCUCGCCUCCAAAUCCAAUUACCAGAACAUCCGCGAAGGCAACGCCGAUACAAUCGGGCUCACCUACGACACAGACCUAACAGCAACAGUCGAAGCGAAACGCGACGGGCACAAACAAGCCGAGCAACGCCGGAGAGAUGUGCUCAAACAUGGGUUUGAGGAGCUGAAGAAGCUGUUACCGCCCAUUGAGGAGAAGCAUCCCAGUAAAGUUGUUGUAUUGAAGAAAUCCUGCGAUUAUAUCAUCGAAAUGCAGAAAGCCGCACAGGAAUCGGAUAAGCUGAUCGCGGACCUGCGCGCGGAACUCGCUGCCGCGAGGGCGGAUACCUCAUGA